UGGUCAGCCUCUAGCUCUCGCGUUUCGAUUUGCCGCGCUAACGGUGGGAGGCGGGCUUGCGUCGGGGUCACACUCUCCCAUUGGUUGCUGUUGCGGCGGCGGUUUGGAGUGAGGGUAGCACGUUGAGCUGGAGGCUGUGCGGAGUGCGGCGGCCCAAAGCCUGGCAACGAGCCCGGUGUCUGGUGGUAAUCCGGGAUUGAGCCAGGCCUGAGUCCCCGGGUGAUGGAUCGCGUGUGGAGUGCGUGGUGCGGAAAGUGCGUCAAAGAGAAAGGGUCGCCGCCACUCUGGGCCCAGCGCAUCGUGGUCGCCUGGCUCAGUAGGGCCGAGUGGGAUCAGGUGACAGUGUAUCUGUUCUCUGACGACCAUAAAUUGCAGCGGUACGCGCUGAACCGCAUCACCGUGUGGAGGAGCAGGUUAGGCAACGAACUCCCCCUGGCAGUGGCUUCUACUGCAGACCUGGUACGCUGUAAGCUCAUGGAUGUAACUGGUGGCUUGGGCACUGAUGAACUUAGACUGCUCUAUGGCAUGGCAUUGGUCAGGUUUGUGAACCUUAUCUCGGAGAGGAAGACAAAGUUUGCCAAGCUCCCUCUUAAGUUCCUGGCUCAGGAGGUGAACAUUCCGGAUUGGAUUGUUGAACUUCGCCAUGAGUUGACCCACAAGAAAAUGCCCCAUAUAAAUGACUGCCGCAGGGGCUGUUACUUUGUCCUGGAUUGGCUCCAGAAGACCUACUGGUGCCGCCAACUGGAGAACAGCCUAAGAGAGACCUGGGAGUUGGAGGAGGACAGGGAAGAGACAGAUGAAGAAGACCAAGAGGAAGAUAAGAACAUUGUCGUUGAUGACAUCACAGAACAGAAACCAGAGCCUAAGGAUGAGGAGAAAGGUUCAGAGCUGGAUGUUAAGGCUGAUGGAGACAGCGAAGGCAACAAAGAGGUUGAUCCACAUUGGCAAAAGGCUGUGAGACAUAAAGAGUUGUAUGAAAGGGCCCGAGAACUGCUGGUAUCCUAUGAAGAGGAGCAGUUUAAGGUGCUGGAGAAAUUUAGGUAUUUACCUCAGGCCAUUAAGGCGUGGAAUAACCUGUCCCCACCUGUAGAAUGCAUCCUGGCAGAGCUCAAGGGCAUUACAUGGGAGAACAGGGAGGCUCUGCUAGAUGCUUUUCUGGAUGACGGCUUUCUCAUCCCCACAUUUGAACAGUUGGCGGCUUUGCAGUUAGACUAUGAAGAUGGGCAGACUGAGGUCCAGAGAGGGGAAAGUACUGACCCAAAGUCACACAAAAACGUGGACUUGAAUGACGUCCUGGUGCCAAGGCCGUUCUCUCAAUUCUGGCAGCCCCUGCUCAGGGGCCUCCACUCCCAGACCUUCACACAGGCCCUGCUGGAAAGGAUGCUCUCUGAGCUGCCAGCCCUGGGGGACACUGGGAUCCGGCCCACCUACAUCCUCAGAUGGACCAUUGAACUGAUCGUGGCUAACACCAAAACUGGACGGAACGCCCGCCGGUUUUCUGCAAGCCAGUGGGAAGCGAGGAAGAACUGGAGGCUAUUCAACUGCUCUGCCUCCCUUGACUGGCCCCAGGUGGUUGAGUCCUGCUUGGGUUCACCUUGCUGGGCCAGCCCCCAACUCCUUCAGCUCAUCUUCAAAGCCAUGGGGCAGGUCCUGCCAGACGAGGAGCAGGAGAAGCUGCUGCGCAUCUGUUCCAUUUAUACCCAGAGUGGAGAAAACAACCUGGUGCAGGAGGGCUCAGAGGCUUCCCCCAUUGGGAAGUCUCCAUACACACUGGACAGCCUGUACUGGAGCCUCAAACCAGCUGGCUCGAGCUCUGGACCUGAAGGAGAAGCCCAGCAACAGGAGGAACAGGGCAGCCUUAAUGAUGCCAAGGAAGAUGAGAAGAAGAAGCAAGAGGCCUUGGAAGACCAGAUGGAAGAGGAGGAGGGAGAGGAGGAGGAAGAGGAAAAUGAUGACCAGAAGUGGGAGGAGGAGGAGGAAGGUGGUGAUGAUGACGACGACGACGACGACGACGAUGAUGAUGACGAUGACGGCGAAGAUGAGGAGGAGGAAGACAGGAUGGAAGUGGGGCCUUUCUCUAUGGAGGAAGAGUCCCCCACUGCUGAGAAUGCCAGGCUCCUGGCCCAGAAAAGAGGAGCUUUAGAGGGCUCUACAUGGCAAGUUAGCUCAGAAGACGUACGAUGGGACACUUUCCCCUUAGGCCGAAUGCCAGGUCAGACCGAAGACCCAUCAGAGCUUAUGCUGGAGAAUUAUGACACCAUGUAUCUUUUGGACCAGCCUGUGCUAGACCAGCGGCUGGAACCCCCAACAUGCAAGACUGGCACCCUGGGCCUGAGCUGCAGCAUUGGCAGUGGCAACUGCAGCAACGGCAGCAAUGACAGUGGCAACUUGGACGGCCUUCUCUGGAGCCAGGGCCAGCUGCAUGGGCUCAAAAGUGGCCUACAGCUCUUCUGAUGCCAGCCCUGGUGCAGGUGUUCAUCCAGUGCUACUGGGGCAACAGCCCACUCUCCCCCACUCUGCCAGUGCACCUAAUGCUCCAUAAAACAAGCUGGGAGACAGCCUGCAUCAGCCAUAUCAGCUCAGCUUUCAAAAUCACAGUAGGAUUCAAAAUCACAGUAGGAUUUUGAAUAUGUUUUAUUUUGUUUUGCUUUGUUUCAUUUUGUUUUUUGUUUUGAAAAACAAUAAACAGGCAACUGUUUUGGUGUUUGUGAGAUGA